AUGGAUGAAAUAGAGGAGGUAGACAAUGAAACAAUCAACACCCAGAUGAGUUCGGAGAAAACAACCAACAUCCGGGUGAGUUCGGAGGAAACAACCAACAUCCGGGUGAGUUCAGAGGAAACAACCAACAUCCGGGUGAGUUCGGAGGAAACAACCAACACCCGGGUGAGAUCGGAGGGAACAACCAACACCUGGGUAAGAUUGGAGGGAACAACCAGCACCCGGGCGAGUUCGGAGGAAACAACCAACACCUGGGUGAGUUCGGAGGGAACAACCAAUACCCGGGUGAGUUUGGAGGAAACACCCAAGACACAGUUCCUGCAUGACUUGUAUAACACAACUAUGUUGGAAGAGCUUGGAAAUAGAGUAGAUUCUAAUCGGAUCCUGGCCACUAUCCCUGUGGCUUUAUUUCCAUUCGGAGCUAUCUGUGGGUCCUUUCCUGUCGCUUGGCUGAUGGAUAGAUUUGGCAGGAAAGGUGCUUUGAUGAUAGCUGACAUUUUGUACAUUAUUUGUUAUGUACUAUUGGGUCUCUCACACUUGAUAAGAACCUAUGGAUACAGCCUCUUUAUCAAUUUCUGCUUUGGAUUAUGUUCAGGUUUACCAAUUCUGACAAGCAUUUCUGUGGCCAUGCCAUUGCUUCAGGUCUUUCUACUGCCCUUACUUCCUGAAAGUCCUAGGUAUCUCUUCAUUCAGAAGGAGGAUGAAAACAAUGCAAUAAAAGUACUGAAGAAGCUGCGAGACACUAGCGACGUGGAAGAUGAGAUCGAAGAGCUCCAGCUGGAGGACAUAAUUGAGAAAGACGAAAAGAACAUGGAUUCACUUAAGCUAAUGAUGACCCCAAGCCUAAAAUGGCAUGUCAUCCGCAUCUUCGUCUUGAUGGGUGGAGAGCAGCUUGAUGGCCUCAAUGCGGCAUACUAUUAUAAAGAGAGAAUCAUCUCGCCUACAAAGUCAGAUAUUGCGGGAAUACAUCUACUUUUGAUAAUCGGAAGCACUGUUUAUUCCUGUGCCAUUGCGUUAUCGAUGUAUCUGGCUGAUUCUAAGGGGCACAAGUUUCUGCUUCUCACUGGCUCUGGGAUCUGCAUCGUGACCUGUAUCAUGCUAACCAUGUCACUGGAUUUAUUGAAAUUUAUCCCGCAAAUGGUGCAUGUAAGAAAAGUUUUGGAAAACAUAUUCAUCUUUGGACAUGGUAUAGGAUCAGAUGAUAUGAAAGAUAUGAAUGCAGUAGAUAAUCUAGCAAGUAUGGGAGCCUAUAUCUUCCUUCUCUUCUGGCCUGUCUCUGUAGCUACCUUUUUCGUUAUCUUCAGGAUUAUACCAGAAACAAAAAUGAAGGCCUUUGUACAGAUCAGGAGAUCCAUGCUGAUCCCGAAGCCCAGGAAGAAACAUACCAAGAAGAGGAACAUCACGUAA